UGUGCACGCGCGCGCUGCAGUUGGACAUUAUUAUUUGGGAAAGUUAAAGAACAGAGCGCGAGACCGGGGGAGAAAUGAGAACCACGUCCGCGUGCAGAUGGUGCAUGUUAUGGAGUUUAGUGCUGAGCACUGUGUGGGUGAGCGCCGGCAAAAAGACAGAAAAAAAGGAGAAGACGGUGAUUGGUCGACAGCCACGGCAGGUGGAAGCGGCGGCACUCGAAGGAGUAUGGGGCCCGUGGAGUGAGUGGACGGAGUGUUCUCAGAACUGUGAAGUGGGCCUGUCAGAGAGGCGAAGACAGUGCUUGGCACUGCCCCAAACAUGGAAUGGGCAGAUUUACGUGGCAUCAGGUGUAUCAAGCCACACCCCUUUAAUCCCUCCACAUGGCCCGUAUUACCCCUCCCCUUAUCCUGGCAACGACAGAUCGUCAUUCUAUCCACCCAAUCAGAGUCCUGCUGGAUUGCCACUUUAUCGGGACACACCUGAAGGAGCAGUGCCAGAUCAGCCCAAUCACACGCCUCCUAUCUAUCGGGCAGAUUUUGGACCGACUAAUCAGCAGCCAGUUCCCAUUUAUCGUUCACCCUUGUUCUCAUCAUCCUCGUCUUCAUCACCGAACGGGAGAGAAACCAGGCGGCCAGCCAAUCAGGGAACAGGACGAGAGGGAGCGGGUGGGACUAGGAGGUCUGUUGCAACCAACAGGGAUCCAGCUUCUGUAAGGAGAAAUAUCCGUCCUGGUCAGUUUGGAUAUGGCAGGUUGCCAUUCUCUCUUCCCCUGCACCGCCAAAACCGGCACACAAGACACACCCAUUUCCACAACACCACCAUUAGCACCACCACAGAACCUCCGGAGGUCAAGGUCCACGGUUCUGAUGCUAAAGAGAAUGUAAAAAAAGAAAUAAAAAAGAACGGGGAAAAACAAGAAGAAGCCAAAGGCACAAAACCCAAAGCCAAAGGGAGAUCCAUUACUCGUCGUGCACCUCCUUCAGACCCCGCCCAUUUCUCCACACCUCUUCACAAGCCACACCCAUUUCCAGAUUCAUCACAAUAUGGCCCGCCUUCUUAUGUUUCACCUGCCAUGGCCCCGGUGCAGCAGUACAGGUGCAGUGGGAGAGACCGAGAGCUUCGGAAGUGCACGCAGGCGUGUGCGGGUCCAUCGGUGGACCCUAGAGCUGAGCAGUGCACUGCGUUUAAUGACAAAGAGUUCAUGGGCAGAAUUUAUGACUGGGAGCCUUUUACUGAAGGUUCGUUGGAUCAGCAGUGUGAGCUUCUGUGUCGGCCGGUCGGUUAUCGUUUCUACGUUCGCCAUUCAGAGCGUGUAAAAGAUGGAACGCCAUGUACCAACAGCACUUCCAAUGACAUGUGCAUCGGGGGCCGAUGUCUGAGUGAGGGUUGUGAUGGGGUGGUGGAUUCUGGGAAGGUACGUGAUCGGUGCGGUGUGUGUGGCGGAAGUGAUGGAUCUUGCGUUCGAGUUUCCGGAAGUUUCCAGAACAGCAGCGUACCACUCGGCUACCACAAAAUCCUUGACAUCCCCACUGGAGCCACGGGCAUCAACAUCACCGAGCGCCACGCCAGUCCCAACUAUCUUGCAUUACGUAGUGGUACAGGUCAGUCCAUUGUAAAUGGACGCUGGGCGGUGGAUCCUCCAGGUGAAUAUGAAGCAGGAGGGACGAAGUUUCACUACACACGUAAUCACGGUGAAAGACUCAGCUCCCCUGGACCCACACACACCCUGCUGCAGCUCUAUAUUAUUUUCCAUAAGGAGAAUCCAGGUAUAGAUUAUGAGUACUACAUACCAGUAAAGCAGAACACUGUGAGAGAGUGGGAUGGAGGGAACGCACCCCUACGAGAAACCAGUGCUGUAGUGGUGGAAGAUUCUGCUUUUCCUCCGAUCUCCUCCCCCUCUGAGAGGUGGACACCCGAGAGACACCGUCCCCGAAAUGGCGGGCCCAAUCGCAAUGCUCGGAUCCCUCCGAGGACGGACAUACCAUUGGACAAUCAGAGUGUCUUUGUGUGGCGGCUUGGCGGAUUUACUGAGUGUACUACGUCCUGUGGUAAAGGUUCACAGCACAGAGAACUGGUGUGUGUAAACAGUUACACUAAUGAAGAAGUGAAUGAGAGGAGGUGUGACGCCGGAUCUAAGCCUGUGCCAGAAGAGGUGCCAUGCAACUCUCACCCAUGCCCACCAUACUGGGAGCCUGGGGCGUGGUCUGAGUGCAGUGUAUCAUGUGGGUGGGGUCUGCAGCACCGUCAGCUCCAGUGCAGACAGAGUUUCUCCAACCGCUCCACCCGGGUUCACCCUCAACGCUGCGCCAAUCUCCCCCAACCUAAUACCACCCAACCGUGCCACACCCACACCUGCUCCCACUGGCAGGUCUCCUCUAACUGGAGCACUUGUUCUGUAGACUGCGGUAUAGGAAAAAGAAUACGUAACGUACGCUGCAUCAGUGACCAUGGUAAUGUGGUGAAUGAUGGGGAGUGCAACCCCAGGCUUCGCCCACAAGGAAGUGAAGACUGUCACAUGGGGCCCUGCGUCUCUAACUGGUACUUCUCUGACUGGAUAAACACUUGUUCCUCCUCGUGUGGUCCGGGGGUACAGAAGCGGGAGGUGGUGUGUGUAUCGAGUGGUGUUGAUGGUGAAUGUGUGAAGGAGAAACCGGCGGAGAUGAAGGCGUGUAACGCAGGGCCGUGUACACCAGACACACUCUGGUUCACUGGACCCUGGGGACAGUGCAAUUCUCAUUGUGGAAACGGAAUCCAGCGCAGGGAUGUGAUCUGUGUACAGAAAAAGGGGAGUGAUUUUAGCAUGAUGCCGACCAGCGAGUGCUCGCACCUGGAAAAACCUUCCCUCAUCCAAACAUGUCAGCAGGAAGAAUGUAAACCCCAGUGGUACAGCACCGAGUGGAGCGCGUGUUCCAGGUCGUGUGGUGAGGGGGUACAAACGAGGGAUGUUCGCUGUCUCACACCUGAUAGAGAGCCGAGCUUUGCUUGUGACCCCACUCAAAGACCGGCACUUAAGCAAACCUGUAACCCCGCCCCCUGCAAUCCCAAUGCAGUGGAUGAAAGCUGUAAGGACCGUCGAUCUAACUGUAUGAUGGUGGUGCAGGCUCGCCUCUGUGUUUAUUCCUACUACAAAUCAGCCUGCUGUGCCUCCUGCACUCAGAGCGCCCAGAGAGCCAAGCGACACUGACCAUGCCCGUGCCACACUGAUGGCCGGGCUUCUCUAAUAUCCAGUCACAUCAAAGGAGGUGAUGGAUUGAUAAAGGAUUGCCACUGGUCUAACAGAAGAAAGUGAUUGUAAGAGCUGAACUGAGAUCAGAACCUUUAACCUUUUACAUUUAUGGUGCUCUGAUCCCACACUGGUCCUGGACUUGUCAGUCACAAUUAGUCUCGCUCACCUACAGCACACUAAGGAUUCUUUCUCAACGUGAGAACUUUAGUCUCUUCUACUAAAUAUCUAUCAGUUUUUGCUUUAGCAUGAAUACUUUGCUGCUUGGUUUUUAUGCAGUCAGAGCAUGGUCUUUAAUGGUGCCAAAAAUAAAUAUCACCAAAGAUCAUGAAGCCUCGAACACACCAGAUUGUUUAUAGACCACAUGGAAAAUUACAUUUAUUUAAUAAAAUUUUUAAUUACAAACAUCCAGUGCAAAUAAAAUUUGUGCAAACAGCACACCUGCAACAAGCAAUGAGGGCUUAGCAGUGAAGGUACUACUAAUCAGAAGGUUGCUGGUGCAAACCCCACUACUGCCAGGCUGCCACUGUGGCAGUGCCUUGACUGAGUAAGUCCCUUAACUCUCAAUUGCUUGAAUUGUAAAUUGCCAAACUGUGAGUCAAUUUGAACAAAAGUAUCUGCUAAAUGCCAUAAAUAAAAAUGCUCUGCUAUGUUGGCUCCUAAACUGCAGAUCUUUAUGUUGAUAUACAAUUGAUCCAAAAUGGACCGAGCACUAACUUUUUAAUACAAUAUAAUCCUCAGACUGUAAAUGAUUUGAUAAAAGUGUAGCAACAUUUCAUAUUCAAGAGGCUGAGUUAUGUUAUUAGAAGCUGUUAAUGGCUUUUAUGGUUGUGCCUUUUAUUAUUUACAUAGGCCCAGGACUGGUGAGGCUGAACGCCAGCAAACACCCAAUGUCUAAAACUGUGUGUACAUGUAGCACCUGAUUUUAUCCCCAGUAUUAAUUUUAGGACUUUACAUUGCGUUUGCAUUCAUUCCCCACAGCUACAAUGCUGAGUCAUGGCUAAAUGACUAACUGAACCCCAGGACUUGUAAUUAAAAGGCACAUCAGAUCUGAUGUGUGAAUAUACUGUAGUUUAGUUUUGACACACAGACAAAUAUACCACAUGCAACCAUGUAACAUUAUCGUUCUAACCAUUUCAGUUUUAUUGUGUGGUGGACACCGUAACGUAAUUUCAAGUUACAAAUAACAGUACAAUAGAUUUUGGCUACGUUACCCACUCUACUCCCACAUAUGUAUAAAGGGAAGAAAACUUGGUGCUUGGGUGGGACAGGGGUCUAAUACGCUACCCCACGUUUGAGGCUCAGUGGUGCUACUGGCCUGGUCUUUGCCACUGCAACAGCGACUUUUACUGUUUGGUAAAGGCACAAGAGGUGGAAAGGUGCUGCGAGAGUAGCGUGGUCUUCUGUAUGCGCUUAGGCACUGUAAGAAUCUGCUGGUGUAAAGAUGCACCCAACAGCUUCAUACCCUUUAGAGGAGACUCCACUUUUGGCCAGCAGGUGGCAGAGGUCACUAUAGUACUACAGAUGAAGUAUAUCCAGAUAAGAACAAUGCAAAAAGAAGAGGGGGGACCUCAAAGGGAGAAAAUAUUGCAAUGAAAAAAAAAAAAAUGUGGAAUUGCAGAUCACUUUUAAAGAAAGUGUCAGAGAAAAAACACCUUUUAUUUUAUUCUUAACUAUCUGAAUAUAUAAACUGUCUUGCAUCAUAUUUGUGUCCAUUAAAGACCUCCAAAUGUCCAUGGCUGAUGUUCACUGGGCAUCCUGAAGACCAAACUCUAAUGUAAGAGUGAUAAAGGUGCCCUUAAGUAAUAAAAACACAAGACAUUAUUAUGCAGUUCACAGUAAAUUUAAUGAUCUACACCGUGUAACAUGUUCUUCUACUCACUGUUGGAUAAAGCGCUGAGCUUGAACAGACCUGAUGUGUAUAUGGGUGUGAAUCCAAAACUGUUUUAACACCGGCUUAAAAUUAUUAUUAUUAUUUAUUUGUUUUCAUUAACUGCUUUAUCAGGGUCGAGGUACAUCCAGUGCCACAAGGACCACUGGGCUCAAGGCAGAAAAUAUCCUGUACAGUACACCAAUUUAUCUCAGGGCAUGAUCAACCCACACACUAGACCAAUGGACAAUUUUGGAGGUGGAAAUAAAACCGUACAGAGUACACAGAGUACACUUUCUUGUAUAGAUGUGAGUAAAUAAGUGAUUGAGUGAGUAAGUGAGUGAGAACAUUACUGUAAUAGACUGCCCUCUGUCCCUGAUGUAUUCUUGCAUCGAGGGGGUUGCAGACACUGGAUUUACCACGACCCUGAUCAGGAUGGAACCACGACCCUGAUCAUGUCUGAAUGAAUGAAUGAUAGGUGUAUGUAGUUAUGAAGUAAGAAUUGGUAAAUUAUUCUUUGGUGACUUAUUCAUCAUAACUGGUCUCCACAAACACGGCUAACCAGCAUUACCGUCCUUAUUAGCAUCAGCCUUUAAUUUAGCUAUUCCCGCUAAUGCCUAACACACACACACACACAUAAUAGAACUUUAAUCCUCUUGUAUGUGAUGUAACUGUUUCAUACUUUUUGAAUGUUUUUAAGCAUCUGUGCAUGUACACAAAUAUUCUAUGUUAAAAUUUACAAUCUGUGUUUUAAUGUCAUUUUAUAUGAAGAGAUAUGAUUCUGUUUGUGUGUGUGUGUUUGCACAUGUUGAUCAACCCAGAAUUGUUACUUAUAUUACUGAAAAUGGUACAUUUGUAUUCGCUAACUAGCAUUACAGUAAGGACUGGCCAAUGGAGAAUGUUUAAUAAAUACAACAUAGCUCACUUAUAGAUUAAAUCUACACAGUAUGGAACAUCAUCUGGACACCUGACCAUGGGCUUGUUAUAUAUUUAAUAUGGAAUUGCCCCUUCCUCAUGCAGAUAUCACAGCCUCUACUUUUCUUGAAAGGGUUUCUACAAGAUUUUAGAGUGUGAUUCUGGAAUUUGUACCCAUUCAGUCAAUAGUGCUUUAUUUAAACCACAAUAAAACCUUUAUUUUUUUCA